UACCACCUCUCACCCCCCACCCCAUAACUCACAUCAUCUUCUUCAUUGUAUCUUUCACUUCUCUAUCUCCCCAAAAACUGUGGCCUGAAACAUCAAGUUUCGCAGAUAGAGUUAGAGAGCAUAUAUCAGAAUGGCCCCUGGUCCUACUACCCUUACCGCCAUAGCGGGGGAGAAGACCCUCCAACAGAGCUUCGUCCGCGACGAAGAUGAGCGCCCUAAGGUGGCCUACAACCAAUUCAGCAACGAUAUUCCGGUUAUCUCCCUCGCCGGCAUCGAAGAGGUCGAAGGCCGCCGCGCUGAGAUUUGCAAGAAGAUUGUCGAGGCCUGCGAGGACUGGGGCGUUUUCCAGAUUGUUGAUCACGGUAUCGACCCCAAGCUCAUCUCCGAAAUGACUAGUCUUGCCAGAGAAUUCUUCGCUUUGCCGCCGGAGGAAAAGCUUCGGUUUGACAUGUCCGGUGGCAAAAAGGGCGGUUUCAUCGUCUCCAGCCAUUUACAGGGAGAGGCAGUGCAGGAUUGGCGUGAGAUUGUGACCUACUUCUCCUACCCGGUGCGCCACCGUGACUACUCGAGGUGGCCGGACAAGCCGGAGGGGUGGAGAGAUGUGACCAAACAGUAUAGUGACGAGCUGAUGGGCUUGGCAUGUAAGAUGUUGGAGGUUUUAUCAGAGGCCAUGGGUUUAGAGAAGGAGGCAUUGACCAAGGCAUGUGUCGACAUGGACCAAAAGGUUGUGGUGAACUUCUACCCGAAGUGCCCCCAGCCGGACCUCACUCUCGGACUGAAACGCCACACCGAUCCGGGUACCAUUACUCUUUUGCUUCAGGACCAAGUCGGUGGACUUCAGGCCACCAGGGACGGCGGGAAGACGUGGAUCACCGUUCAACCUGUGGAAGGAGCCUUUGUGGUCAACCUUGGAGAUCAUGGACAUUUUCUGAGCAAUGGGAGGUUCAAGAAUGCCGAUCACCAGGCAGUGGUGAACUCGAACCACAGCAGGUUGUCUAUAGCGACAUUCCAGAACCCAGCUCAGGAGGCAAUAGUGUACCCGCUGAAGGUCAGAGAGGGAGAGAAACCCAUUCUGGAGGAGCCGAUGACUUACACUGAGAUGUACAAGAAGAAGAUGAGCAAGGACCUUGAGCUAGCAAGGCUGAAGAAGCUUGCAAAGGAGCAACUGCAUGACUCGGAGAAAGCUAAACUUGAGGUCAAGCCAGUGGAUAAUAUCUUUGCUUAAGUACUACUGCUAUAGUGCUAUGUGCCUAGCUUUCUUGUUCUGUUAUUUAUGACUGCUGUGCCAUGUGCCCCCAUUCCAUGCAUGUUAUUGUGGAAUGAAAUGAAUAGGUCAAAAAUAAAAUGUUCGAUUAAUUUUGCGUUAA